CGGGGGCGCGGCGCCCCUGCCCCGCAGGCCUGGACGUGGCCUGCUGGUGCUUCCGGGGCGCGAGGAGGGGCCCGGCGCCCCCCGCCGAGCAAUGGCUGCCCCGCCAGCCCCGGGGGACGGAGCACCGCCCCCCGGAGGAGCUGCCCCUCGCCUGGCUGGCCUCCCCGCCCCGGGAGCCGCCCCCCCUGGCCACCAGCACCCCGCGGCGCUCGCCUCGCCAGGCCCCGCCGCCCCGCCACGAUGACCGCCGUCCGCCCCUGCCCCCGGGGCGCCGCCCAUCUCCGCCCACGCCCCCCCCGCGGGGCGCCAAAACCCCCAGCCCCCACAAAGUACGGGGCAGCGGGGCUGUCACAGGGCGCGGCACCCCCCGCCGCCGUCCCCGACGGCCCCAGCCACGGCGGCACCGCCCCCGCCCCGCCCCGGAGGCUGAGGCCGCCCCUGCCGUACACGGGGGUGCGGUGGGUGGCUGGGAGGGGGAGGGGGAGGGGGCGGCGGGCCUGCCCCCCCUGGACGUGUCCUACACCGCCUACCUCACGCCGGACGUGCUCACGCCCACGCCCGCGCCCCCGCCCCCCCGCAGCCCCCCCGGGGACGACGAGGAGGGCGCUCUGGUGCACCACAACCCCCUGUACUGGCUGGCGCGGCGCCCCCCCCAGCCCUCGCACCGUCCGCCGCCCCCGCCAGGCUCCCCCGUGCCCUUCCAGUACGACCCCGAGGACCGCUGGCGCGCCCCGGCCCCCCGCCUGCCCCCCCUGGCAGAGGCGCCCCGUCCCCCGCCCCGCCGCACCCGGGGCCUAGUCUACGCCUCCGUCCCCUGCCCCCCUGCUGGCCCGGGGGGGCACCGUCCCCCGCCUCAGGAAGCCGCCCACUACGCCAGCGUGACGAUCCUACCCCGGCCCCGCCCCGCGCCCCGCUCCGAGCCCCGCUACGCCACCGUGGGGCGCGCCGCGCCCGGCCCAGCCCCAGGCCCCACCCCCCAGGGCCCCCACUACGCCACGGUGAGGGCGCGACGCCCCUCCUCUCGUACGCCGCCUCCUCAGGUUCACGCCGCCCCCUGGGCCCCGUCGCCACCCCGCCCAGUCCCGACCUGGCGCGCCCUGCCGCCCCACUCAGCCCCGACUUGGCACGCCCCGCCGCUCCGGCCCCGCAGCCACGAGCGGCCCCGCCACAUCCCUUCCCUGCGGCACCCCGCAGCUCCUCCGCCCACCAGGCACCCCCGCCCCCCCCUGGCCCUGAACCCCUACCGCCCCGACCCCCCCUUCCUCACCUGCCGCCCCCCCCGCCCCGACCCCCUCACGCUGGUGCGGCCCCGGCCCCGCUACGACCACCCCCAGGCGGGGCGCGGCGGGCGCUGCUUCAAGGCGCGGGGCAACGGAGCGCGGCGGGGCGGGGCGCGGCGCCCCCACGUGCGGCUCUGGGAGCUGCGGGAUGACGCGCGCUUCGUCUACAUCGUGCACGCCCUCAUACACGUCAUGGCGGCCCUGGAGCAGGACCUUCAGAGCGAGAUCGAGAGCCACAAGGAUGUGCUGGCCAGCCUCAACGCGACGGGCCAGAAGCUGCUGGGCACGUUGGAGAACCAGGAGGAGGCGGUCAUGCUACAGCGCCGCCUGGAGGAGAUGAACCACCGCUGGAACACUCUGAAGCACAAGAGCAUUGCCAUCAGAAACAGACUGGAAGGGAACAGCGAGAACUGGACCACUCUUCUGCUGUCCCUUCGCGAGCUAAUUGAGUGGGUGAUUCGUAAAGACACAGAACUCACAGCCCUCGGACCGCUUGUAGGCGACCCCGCGGCGCUCGCUAAGUACGCCGAGGACCUGGCCAGCUUUAGAAGGGUCAUUGAGGAGAAGCAGCCGGUCAUUGAGUCAAAUUUAAAGUCUGGACGCCAGCUGAUCGCCUCUGAACCACCUUUAAGUGACACCAGCGAUAGCGAAGCUGGCAGGGAGUUGGAUGGGGAUGCGAGGUACCGUGGGGAUGAGACGGCGAGGGACCUGACGCGUGCGGUGAGGCGGGAAGUGGCGAAACUGUCGGAGAAAUGGGCGGCGCUUCGAGAGAGAGUGGCGGCCAUCACCCAACACACAGACUUGGCCCAUAAGAAACUCGGGGUGCUGAGCAAGACGGUGGAGGAGGUGAGCGCCAGACUGGAGGAGGCGGAGAGGGUGGUGGAGGGGUGGGGAGCAGCCCCCCCCCAGGACCCCAACCUGGCCGACCAACACGCCCACAAUGUGAAGAAAUUCCGCGAGGGCCUGGUUGACCUCCAGCGCGGGAUUGAUGACGUGAAUGACCAGGCCGCCAGGUUCUCAGCCCACAGCGUUCCACUCACGCCCGCCAACUCCGCCAGGCUGCAUGACCUUAAUACCAGGUGGAAGAAUUUGGAGGGCGGAGUCAACGAAAGGUGGCGUCAGGUGGCGGGGAGGUCACGAGAGGUCACCCCCCUCACCCCUGCCCAGCUGGCCUCCUCCGUGGCCCCCCCCUGGGAGCGUGCGACCACCACCAACAAAGUGCCUUACUAUAUCAACCAUGAGCAGGAGAGCACCCACUGGGAUCAUCCGCUCAUGAUGGACGUCCUGGACUCACUCACCGCGUUCAACCACAUCAAGUUCUCCGCCUACCGCACGGCAACCAAGCUGAGGGUCCUGCAGAAGAGGCUGGCUCUCGACAGGGCCAAAAUGCAAACAGCGACGGACAUAUUUGACGAACACGGCCUCCGAGGGCAGAACGACCGGCUUAUCGACGUAGGAGACAUGGUAGUGGUUCUCUCGGCACUGUACGGCACCAUCGCAGCGGACCAUCCCGGCACCGAUACCACCCUGGCUAUGGACCUCUGUCUGAACUGGCUAUUGAAUGUUUACGACAGCCAGCGGACCGGUCAAAUGCGCGUCCUGUCGUUCAAGAUCGGCCUCGUGUGUCUAUGUACGGGUCACCUCGAGGAGAAAUACCGAUACAUGUUCCGCCUCAUCGCCGACCCGAACCGCCUGGUGGAUCAGCGGAAGCUUGGGCUGCUGCUCCACGAUUGCGUUCAAGUUCCGCGACAGCUGGGCGAGGUGGCAGCCUUCGGGGGGUCAAACAUUGAACCAUCUGUGCGGAGCUGCUUCACUAAGGCAGGGAAGGACAGGGAGACCAUUGAGGCGGUCCACUUCCUGGCGUGGGUGCAGCAGGAACCUCAAUCACUCGUGUGGUUGGCCGUGCUUCAUCGUGUGGCCGCAUCGGAGAGCAUACAGCACCAGGUGAAGUGUAACAUCUGCAAGGCCUACCCCAUCAUAGGCCUAAGAUACCGGUGUUUGAAAUGUCUCUCGUUCGAUAUGUGUCAAGAUUGUUUCUUCGACGGACGUAGCGGAAAGAACCACAAGAUCACCCACCCGAUGCAUGAGUAUUGUACCGCGACCACGGCCGGGGAGGAUGUCAAGGACUUCACCAAAGCUCUCAAGAACAAGUUUAAGUCUAAGCGAUCACUUCAGAAGCACACCAAGAAAGGUUACCUGCCUGUUCAAACCGUGCUGGAGGGCGACCCAUUGGAGUCUCCCUCGCCCUCCCCACAGCACAAUGUUACCAGCCAAGAUAUGCACUCGCGACUUGAGAUGUACGCGUCACGAUUGGCUGAGGUGGAGCUUAGGACCAACUCAAAUUCCACGCCUGACAGUGAGGACGAACACGGCCUAAUCGCACAGUAUUGCCAAUCGCUGAGCUCAUCUGACGCCCCCUUGCCUGUGCCUCGGUCACCCCUGCAGAUCAUGGCAGCUGUUGACGCGGACCAGAAGGACGAACUUGAGCAGAUGAUACGAGCCCUAGAGGAGGAGAACAGCGUCUUGCAGGCAGAGUACGAUCGCUUGAAAUCGCAGCAGCCCGUCGGAUCGCCCCCAGAGGACGGACUCGGCGGACCGCAGCGGAGCGAGGCGGAGAUGCUGGCGGAGGCGAAACUCCUCCGCCAGCACAAGGGGCGGCUGGAGGCACGGAUGGGGAUCUUGGAGGAACAUAAUAGACAGCUUGAGGCCCAGCUGCACCGCCUCAGACAGCUGCUGGGAGAGUCCGGCCUGAGCUCCCCCAGCAAGUCCGGGACCCUUCAAACCAAGUCCGUCACCGCUAGUCAGCUGGCCAUGGACUCCCCCGCCAAGGUCAACGGCCACUCCGCGCAAGGUGGUGGUGGUGGUGGAGGUCUUGGUGGUGGAGGUGGAGGCAACCCCUAUGAUGGCCUUGACCAGCUGAGCGAGUAUGUGCGGCCCCCCCCGCCCCCCCUGGGCAGCGUGGCGCAUGUGGGCAACCUUCUAUCGCGGGCAGCCCCAUACAGGUCCUCGGGAUGGCGACCUGGGGAAGGCAGUUGGCACUCUGGUAGCCACGAUGACGCAAGAGCCGGGGAGAGACUUGCCUAGUGAGGAGGAGGAGGAAGAGGAAGAGGAGGAGGAAGAGGAGGAGGAGGAGAAGACACAACGCCCAACCCCACUACCAAGACAGAAGUGAUUGGAGUGAUGUGAAGAGGAGGAGGAGGAGGAGGAGGAGGAGGAGGAAGAAGAAGAAGGAGGAGGAAGAAGGUGCUGGGUUUGUCUUCCUUUCUUUCUCCUCCUUUUCUUCUUCUUUCUUUCUUGAGGAGAGGAGGAGGAGGAGGAAGAGGAGGUGUUUU